GAGGCCGGCCGGUAGCUUAAACUCUCACUGCAUGCUUCAACCCGCGUCAUCUCCUAUUCUCUUUUUCUCAAUCCCUUAAUCGACAUUUCUUGCAAUUCUCGAACACGAGACUUGAGAUGGCGAUAGAUCACGGUCAGCAACGCAAACGACGAUGCGGUCCAAAGGUGAAGACAGGAUGCGGAACUUGCAAAGUUAGGAGAAUCAAGUGCGACGAAGCCAAGCCGAGUUGUCAGCGGUGUUCCGGGACUGGACGAAAGUGCGACGGGUAUAGUAGCGAUAUUACGAUAUCCACUGAAACGCCCAAGAACUCUACAGAUCUCAUCCAACGAAUCUCUGUACAUAUACCCGGGAAUGCGGAAGAGAAGAGAGGCUUCGAUUUCUUUCUUCAGAGUACAGCAGCGGAACUGUCUGGGUACUAUGAUUCUUCGUUCUGGGAAAACCUUAUACUGGCUGCUUCUGCACAGAAGGCUUCUUUGCGGCACGCUGUAAUAGCAUUGGGAGCCCUGCAUGAAGACUUCUCACGGAAGACACUGAAGUCCUCCUCAACCCUAUCAGUGGACGACCAAAAAUCCCAAUUUGCACUGAACCAGUACGCGAAAGCUAUUGGAGCACUGCGGAGGUCUCUUUCAAGCAGGAAGGAAGAACCGAUUACGGCGCUCAUGUCUUGCAUACUAUUUGUCUGUUUCGACAGUUUGCGAGGAUGGUUCGAAUCAGCCAUGGUCCAUCUUCAAAGCGGGCUUACGAUUCUGCGGGACAUGAGGUGGUCGUCAACAGAGAACCAUAUCAUCGAGGACAGUAUUGCUCCUCUUUUUGUGAGAUUGUCGAUACAGUCUAUUAUUUACGUUGACGCAAAAAGUACGCAUGAUCGAACAGACUUUGCCAGGAAAUUGAUGGACGCUUACGGAAAGGAGAUGGCAAUUCCGGAGGAGUUUGAAAGUCUAGAAGAAGCUCGGAAUGCUUUCAAUCAGGCUGCGGAUGGAUUUUUCAGGGCAAACUACAUGUGGGAUGGAGAUCUACCUGUCGUCUUACAACCGACAGAAAGCCACGCUAUAUUCGACAAAUGCAUAUCUCAGAUGUCUCUCUGGAACAUUGCAUUCGAAAAAUUCAUGGCAUCCAAAAGUAAAAUUCUCACCAUCAGAGAAGUACAAGGCGCCGCACUUCUGAAAAUACAUCACACGACGGCGAAAGUCAUGGCCGGUGUCCAUCCCGACACGAGUGACAUGAGACCUGUGUUCGAAACAGUGAAGGUGGGAAUGUUCUGGCAAUAUUUGGACGACUUUCAGAUUAUCAUCAACUUGUCGAGACCGUUGAUUGCAGCUACGGAGCAGAAUGCGAAGAAUGGAAAACCGCCACUUACUUUCAACAGCGAUUUGGGCUUGAUAGGACCACUUUAUUACGUCUGUAUCAACUGUCCUUCUGUCCCUAUUCGAACAACUGCAAUGGAGCUUUUGUUACGGUUUCCGCGACGAGAGGGGAUGUGGAAUAGUGUUUUGAUCGCUCAAAUGAUCCAAGAAUAUUGGGAGCUUGAAGCAAGCUACAAGGAAGAGCAGGAGAUCUCUGGGAAUGUGGAUGAAUUUGGAUUUCCGGUACCGUUCGAGGAUCGGGGCUCUGUUCACUUCAGAUUUUUCGGUCGCCCGACAGAGAUGGAUGCAAUUGGCGUCUGCAACUUCCCCACACCUGAGGUUGCCCCUCCUGAGUCGGUGAGCUCUCCGCCGUCUUUGGGAUGGAUCGAACCGCGGGAGAGUGUCAAUUCAUUUCUACCAUUAAAGAGGGACGAUCGGUGGGCCACUCAGAUGGAUCUCGAGAGACUUAUAGCAAAUGAAGUUGGCAAUAUCCGUGACGGUCCAUCCUCUGAAGGCCAGGCUAUUGACAACAUGGAUUCGCGUGUCACUUUUUAUCGGGAUCUUGUCAGAAUAGACGACGGUGAUUUAACGGCGACUCGGUAA